AUGCACCCCGAAGACAAGUUUAUGAACCCGCGGAAGCCGCCGCCCCAGCCCCAACCCGUGCGUCUUCAGACAUCUGCACCGAUAGGCCGCGAACCGAGCCCUGCACACUCUUCGAGUAGAUCUCCGAUGGCCGGAAUUCAUCGGAGUGCAUCUCAGCCGCCCAGUGCCACUUGUAAAGGCCACAAGAGAGAUUCACGUUCUAUGUCUCCCCCGAGAGCUCGAGCGCUUCUGGCUGCUUUAAGGCAACCUGCUGAUGUGGAUAGAAAGUUCGAGCCAGUGCAACCAUUGAAUGCUCCAAAGAUGACACCGCGGCAAAAUGAGCCUAUUGAGAAUUUCAGCAAUAUCCCAAGAAUCAAGGUCAACGCUGGAAUCGCAAUUCCAUUCUUGAGCUCUCCUGACAGACUUGGACCGUCCACCAUUCAAAGUCGUCGCGCGAUGAAGGCAGCCGCUGGGGAAACGGCACCGGAUCGUCUUCUCACAGUGCAGACACGCCCGGAGCCCCGCAAACCCGGUUCUUCUCGCGGCGCAGCAAACGGAAACACCGCGACACAUGACGAAAAUCGUGCGUUCAGGGAAGCCCUGAAAGAUAUCCCUAACUCUGGUGACUUGCCCACGCCAACUGCUGCAUUUACCAAAGAAAAGAGGCUCCCUACACUCCCAAACACGCCAUCUUCAGUCAUGGAUGAAGCAGUUCGCGCUAUCGACGAAAGGGACAAAGCGAUGGAUGGCGAGAUCCCGCGCAGUUAUUUCUCCAGCAUGACAACAACAACAACAACAACAACAACAACAACAGUCGACUCUUCCCACUCCCACUUCGUGCCUGAAUACAGUCGCUUCUCUGAAUGGAGCACCGACACCGAAACCGACUAUAGCCCGCAGGAAUCGACAGUAUCGGUCUCCACAUCCCGCCACCACCAGGACGAGUCUUCAGCCGAAAGAUGGAGAACACCAGACCUCUCGCAGUCCGGGGAUGGCGCAACUAAUACCGACCCAAACACCCCUCACCUCACUGUCUACUCCAAACUCUCGUCUCCGAACUCAGCAUCCGGAGAGCUCCCUCCCUGGAGUGUCGGUCUCCCUCAACUCACACUCUCCCUGUCCUCGCCUGGCUUUGACUGUUCUGGGCUGGGCAUAGAAAAUUUCGAUGAAGUGGAAAGCAAUCCCAAGCGCCACGCUGCCCUAUUUAGCGCCCUUGAAUCCAUGGAAGCCCUCGCGAUGUCGUGCAGUCCCAAUGGCUCCCCGAUCCUCCUCCCCCAAGCCUCCAGAGGCUCUGACACGGAGCAAAAUAUCUUUGCCACAGAGCGUAAAGUGAGCGAGACUUCUCUCGAGCGCAUUCGCUCCUGUCGGAGCAAUGCCUCGUUCCAGGAGAAUGCUACCAUGAAGGAGUUGAUAGAUGAGCUUAGUUAUCUGAAGAAUCUGAUCCAGGCUGAUAUGGAUGGGGCUCCAUUUUAA